UUUGGAUGUUUGAUCUUAUGUCAUUUGGGUUCCUCUGCGGGUCUGAAGGGAAGAGUUGUAGGCUGAGAUGGUUCAACCAGCUGGACCCCAGGAUCAACAGAAGGCCUUUUACCGAGGAGGAAGAGGAGAAGCUCAUGACUGCUCACAGAUUCUAUGGGAACAAAUGGGCUAUGAUUGCGAGGCUUUUUCCAGGUAGAACCGACAAUGCAGUUAAGAACCACUGGCAUGUCGUCAUGGCCAGGAAGUAUAGGGAGCAAUCAGCUGCAUAUAGAAGGAGAAAGCUUGGCCAAGAAGUACUGCACCACCACAGACUCGACGAAGCUGCUGCAGCAAAGGCCACAGCAGCACCAAGAACAGCCUAUGGCUCUACCAGCGGCUCCUUUCCUUCCUUUCCUUUUCUUGCCGCCGUUGAUGCCUCCGCUGGCGCUCAUCACAUGCCGCACUACUCGGGGGAUUCACUCUCAAAUUGCAGUGGCUUUUCUGCUGAAGGAACACCCUUCGAUUUCUUCUCUGGUACGUGCCGUCUAUCCUCACCUCCUCCUCUUCUACCAUGCGCUAGUGCAACUGCUUGUUCUCAGUCUUCUUCUACCUUAAAUACGACACAUUUAUUGUUGCAUGUAUGGGUUUCACCGUUAAAUUUUCUCAAAAUGGGAGUUGAAAUCACAAGUAGAUCCUCCAAGAAGCUAAGCAGGGAAAGAGGGCAAAACAUGAGAAGACUAAGCUUAAACCUAAAAGAAGACCUUAUGAUGGCAUCACUUCCUCUUUCUCUAGUCGUGUUUGGUUCUGAGCAUUUGCAGAUAACAAGGUUCACGAGAAGGAAAGCUUCUACGGCAACAUGUCAUCGGACAUGCCGACUGUUGAGCCCUUCGUGGGCUUUAACCAUCAUUCUCCGGUCGGCUCGGCGGUGCAGCGAUCGAACCACUUACCCCACGAGUCUGCCACUGAGACACCAUCUGAAGACAACAGCGAGAGCAGCCACGUUGAUGCCGCAGUCUCACCAACUUUCAUAGAUUUCCUCGGAGUA